CUCAAAACAUAUAACCUAACCUAAAUAGUGAUGGCUCAAAAACACUGUAAACAAGUUUAACUUUAUAGGCCUGGCCUAAGUUAUUUAUGUUUUUAUAUGGUAGGCUAAGAUGAAUUUGUAUUUUUAAGUCAUUAAUGGAAUGAAAAAUUACUAACUAUGUCUCAGAAGAAACCUAAAGCCAAGAAUGUAAGAAACAUUUUAGCUGCACCACUUAGUAUUCAAUGGUCUGACGGUAAUCCAGAAUGUGUGGCAGCACUUCAGAAAGUCUUGGAAGAGCUUCUACCAUUGGCAAAAUUAGAAAACAAAAGUCUCAAGCUCAUUUCCAAAGAAGCUGAAGGAAAAAAUCACCCAGAAAAACCUAUAUUAAAAAAGCACAACAAUGUUUUCAGAUCCUACCUCACUCCGGGAUUCCAGUCUGUUACCAGAGGAUUAGAGAAGGGUGAACUUAGUUGUGUGAUGAUGGCCGGAGACAUCAGUCCUCCCAUGAUACCGAGAGUCAUCUGUAGUUACUGUCACAGCAACAAUGUUCCUCUCAUGGUAGUCCCUCAAUUGAAACACAUUACCAAGACUACUCUAGGCUUCUCAACUAUGGCGUUGGGCCUCAAGAAAAUUGCAGACACUCCAAAUAAUCAGUUUUACCCUAUCUAUCAAAUAAUUUCCCAAAAUCCCUCAGUUUUGACAACACCGUUUGACAAAAGUAAAAGUGAACAACUUGUAAAUAAAAAACAAGAGGAAUCCACAGUUGUUAAAAAUAAAGCACCGGUUUUCUGUGACCCUUCCACUAAACCAAAAGUGUUAUAUCUUUAUAGAGAUAAAGGAAGUGAAAGAGUAUUUAGACCUGGAAUGGGAACAAAUGGUGAGAAAAUAAUCAAAGUUAGUGAUACGUCAAAAGAUGUUAUGGAUGCAGAUUUUAUAGGUUUCAGUAAAAGUGAAAGCAAGAUUUCAAAACAUUCAAGUGUCAAUGUUUUCAAAACCUCUGAAAAAGGGAACAUCAACGACGAUGAUAGUGAUUGUGACAGUUUAGAUGAAGACAAUAUAUUCUUUGUUGAUAACAACCCUGAUCAAAUGUUACUCGACACGGAGCCAAUGAAUGAUGAAGACAUGGAAUCUCAAACUGCCGUUGCACCUGAUGAUAAGCUAUUUAAAAAUAAGGGAAUAAAAAAAUCUAAAACAACCAAUGAGAGAUACUUUAGCGGCGAAGUAAAACAAAAGGGUAAUCAUAAGAAAAAGAGCAAGGAGAAAAAGAGCUUCAAGGAAAAAGUAGAAGGAUCAAAACCAGAUCAAAUAGAGAAAAGAAAAUUGCCCAUAUCUCACUCAUUCAAACCAUUGACUAUUAAAACUGUAGUUAGUAAUCCUAAGAAGAUCAGAAGAAAAAAGAAAUAGAAUUUCCAAUAAAUAAAAAUGGUUUUAAUUUAAUAAAAAAUUACACU